AUGGUUGGCAUUCUUCUUUGUGUUUCUACCCACGACGGGAAUCACCUAGUCUUUCAUUAUCCUCCUAAACCUGGUUACUUUGGAUACCGUCCAGUUCCUCUGCCAACCAAUUCCUCGGACAGGACUAAAACCUAUGACGAAGCCGGGUCCAAUGCCAGUUCUUCCAGCUCCAGUGAAGAUGACGAAGACUUCAAAAAUAAAGCCAAAUCAGAGGACGAAGACGAUGCUGACAGUGACGAUGACGAUAAAGAUAACGGUUAUGAGGACGGUGAAGGAUACUAUACUCGAAACAGCCGAUCCAAGGAGAACCCGGAUCUCAAGACUGAUCUCCAAAAGGAUUCGUCUCGCGACUCUCAGACUGCACCACGUGAUUCUAUCUCCCUUAGACCCGGUUCGAUUGUGUCUGGCACAUCAUCUCAUCAUGGGUCUUUUCCUGUUACCACCGAGGGCUCCGGAUCUUUGAAGAGCAGUCCUGUUUUCGGUAGCUCAUCCAUUGUGUCAUCCAAACAGCAGUCACAACAACAACAGAGACAGCCUCCCCACGUUCAUAGAGUCCGAAAAUUGUUUGGGUUCAAUGUCGACUUCAUCAGCGAGAUGGUGAGUCCUCCGAAGGCUCUUUGCAACAACCGGUUCGAACUUACAGUGGAAGACAUGGUUUUUCUUGGAUUACCUAUUCAUAUAGGAGACGACGGAAACUGGAGACCCACUCAUCAUCAUCAUCAUCAUCAUAAAAAGAGCAGCAAGCAUAGACAUACUAAGAGCUAUACCACAUCUGAUACGUCUACCAGUGGUGCCAUAGAUGACGGUGAUGACGAGAUUGAGGCAGAAGAAAAAGAUAAGGAUAAACUAGAGGAAGAUAUUGAGGAUGAAGAAACGAACGAAGAAGACCAACAUACUACGCAUCAGUCUUCUUUGGAUUGUCCUAUGUACAUGUUCAAUUUGGUGUUUGUGAUGAAUCCUCCAGUUGACGAGUACAACUAUAGAAUCGACCAAAUGUAUCAUUAUGUGAUUAGCAGAAUGACGCUUUUACUUCGUUACGAACAACAGAAGACCAAUUAUGUGUGGGAGGAAUCUAAGAAAAUUUUGAAGCUUCGUGAAGAGGCGAUGUCUCUUGGACUCGGCGUCAAAAAACAAUGGAAUUACAUAGUAGAAAAGUCAUCUUUGGCCAACGUCAUUCGACAGACCUAUGAGGCUAUGAGGAACUCAGAUAUUGUCAAUGUGGAAAUCAACGCGAAGUUCAGCUCAUUCCAGAUUCCAAUCAAAACCGAAUUCAAUACGGUUCCUCCGAAGAAUAUCCGAGUUCUUCCCGGUUCUAGUCUUUCCUCAAUAUCCCCUUUCAAUAAUAUGAUGACGGAUCCGGUGAAUUACCCAGGAUCUCAGCCGGAUAGUGAUAACUGUAUGGUUUACUUUGCUCUCCUACUAUUAGAUGACUCAGAGACAAUUAUUCGAGAUAUUAAGGCUGAAAAGGAUUCUCUGAUUGCCAACUUUAUCAGAAUGAUAAAACCCACGGAGAAUUUGAUGCGUCUUUCUACCCUUAGCGGUCUUGAUAUUACCGAGGUAAAGCUUUUUGCCAGUCAUUUGGUUUACUGGCGUAGAGCUAAAGCUACAUUACCUUUGGCACCUAGAAACAUCUACAUUGUAUCACCUCUAGCGCCUAUGGAUCAAAUGUACAAAGAUUCUGUACUGUUUCGAGUAAACUUCCCCAAUUUACCGUCUCUUUCGAACUUUUUGUCCCUCAUUUCCACAAAUUCAAACAGACCAAGACCUGUCAGUACCAUUAUACCUAGUCGGGACCAUAGAGACUUAUAUAUGGAGGCAGUAUCUUGGCUAUUGAAGUAUGGAUAUUUGACUCAGCUGUACACUUUUCUUUGGCUUUGUAUUAGUAAGGAAAUCAAGAUUAGAGUUGCUGAAGAGCUUGAGACCGAAAAGAAAAGACGACAGAGUAUGAAGAAGAAGGAAAAUAAACAGAAAAAGCUAUCGGAGACCACGAAUGGCGGUGAUGAAAGUGCCUUAGCGACGUCAGGAGAAAGCUCGGAGACGAACGAGAAUGAAGAGGGCGGGAAGGUUCGGAAUACGGACAACACUACCAAGGAAGGGACUUUAGCAGAGAAGGGGGCCCCCCAUCGAAAUUUAGGAGAGGAAGGAACUACACGAGCAAAUGUUUCCAGAGAGUUUAGUGCAGAGAGCAUUACAGGGCAAAGUGAAGCCAGCAACGAUAAUAGAGGAUUUAAAAAAAAAGUUAUGGUUCAAUUUGAAGAAGAAGAGGAGGAAGAUACGAUCCUUACAGAUCCAGAGUCGGCUACAGCGUUGGAAAGAAGAUGGAUAGCGAAAUGCGUGGAGGGUAAGCCUACAGAGGUGGUGAACUUAUUCUACAGACUGUUGAAGUACAUGAACGGCAAGAACCCAUUAGAGUUAAUCAUCUUGAGGGAGAAUGUGAGUAGACAGGAUGUCAGAAAGAUGCUUGGAACCGUUGAUAGGGUGGUGACGGUGAGGCACUGGUGA